GUCCUUUCUUUUUUCUCCCUCCUACUAAAUGCCCUCCUCUUGGUCCUCUCUUUGUUGGUGUCUUGAAAUAGAUCCUUUUAUAAACUGAACCAGUUUAUGUUAUGCGUUUUCAUGUGUUCCCCUAGUUUAUAAACUGAACCAUAGUAGACCUUUUUAUUAUUUUCAUUUUCAUGGAAAGGAUUUAGAUCUUUAGCAAAUGUACCACUUGUACCCAUUCUUCUUUUCCUAUCAAAAUUACCUUGUUUUUUUUUCACUAUUUGCAUUCACAAAAUACAUAUAGAAUCUUUGAAUAUUUAAAAAUCCUAUUCAUUGUUUGGAAGGAUGGAUGUAUUUUACAAUAGUAAGCAAACAAAUCGUUUGAUUUACUCCAUAAUGUUUAUACUAAAGUUACAUGUGCCUUGUUCAACAUGCUGGCUUUUGAAAUCAGAAGAUCAGGAAUUUGCAUUCUCAUAUUCACCUUUUAAAUAUUGAUAGCUUAUGAUCCAAUAUUGAUCCUGAUGACUAUAUUACCAACUCCUAUGAACUAUAACAAUAUUGUAGAAAUUUGCCAAUAUGCCAAAGUCAUGGUAUUGACAAACUUCCAUGGGUUAAGGACUGAGUAUUGCUUCUAGUUCUUUUAGUUCAUGAACUCAGUUCUCAGGUCUUCCCAAUAUUAUUUGCUCUUCCAAAAGUGAAGCAAACGUAAAUUACUCUUAUGACUAUUAGACAUUGAGAAAUAUUCCUUACAGUACUGUUUGAAAUUACUGUGAUAAUGAUGUUGGUACUGGUUAUGUAUAUCAUGGAGUUCUAGUCUCAUUGAAAUACUCAUAGCUCUAAUAGGAUAAAUGUUCAUUCAUUUCAUUAAAAAAAUCUAAAGGGAUUUUUUGGUAUUUUUUAUGUUAAUGACGCUCCUAAGUGUGUGGUUGAUGAUCGGUAACCAGAUUUUCUUGUUUAUCAUUGCUGACAUGUUUUCUUCUCUCUUUGCUAUAGCAAACACCGUCAAUCCAUCCAAGGAUUCACAAAAGAAAAAAUUGACCAAUUUCAGAGACUCGUCAAGCUCCUUUACGGAUACUGAAAAAUUUGUUGAAGAAAUCCUAGAUAAAACGUCAGCCAUAAUUUUUGCAGAGAUCAAAGAGGAGAAUAUAAAGCAGCAUGGGGAACAACUUGGUGGUGUGGUAUCAGAAACUAUAAGAAAACAGCUUGCCAUGGAGUUGAAGAACCUAGCAACGAUAUUCAAGAACACAGCGUACACAGAAGGUUUUCAUGCCGGCACUUACAUCCGACCAAAGCAUAUGUGAAACCGAAGUUUAUUCACAACAGUGGGGUGCUGAAAUGAUUUAUCAAAGAGUCUCUGUGUAUGACAUUCUAUCAUUCUUCACUGUUAAUCGAUGCAUCUAACUUUAAUGGACAAUUCAUCUAUUUGGCAAUGGCUUUGUGUGGGUCCUUCAUAGAAAUCUUAAUACUGUCUUACAUUUCCUGCAUAGGUUCCUGUUCAUCUUACGUGGCUUCAGUAUAUGAAAGUGGUUACCAAUAUAGUAGACGACGAUCAAAUCUCACUAUGAGAACCACGCAAAUUGUCUAUUGAACAUUUCUUAGCUGCAUUUGGUAGGUGGUAAUGAAACAUGGGAAUGAAAUGAC